AUGCGUGGGAUGAUGGGCAGCCAGAGUAGUCCUGUCAAGAGUUACGAUUAUCUCCUUAAAUUUCUCUUGGUGGGAGACAGUGACGUCGGGAAGGGAGAAAUUUUGGACAGUUUACAGGACGGCUCGGUCGAGUCUCCCUUUGCCUACAGCAGUGGAAUAGAUUACAAGACAACGACAAUACUGCUGGAUGGAAGAAGAGUGAAAUUAGAGUUAUGGGAUACAUCUGGUCAGGGCCGAUUUUGCACCAUCUUUAGAUCUUAUUCAAGAGGAGCACAGGGCAUCCUCCUUGUUUAUGACAUCACUAAUAGCUGGUCAUUCGAUGGCAUUGACCGCUGGAUUCGAGAAAUUGAUGAGCAUGCCCCUGGUGUGCCCAGGAUCUUGGUUGGCAACCGACUUCACUUGGCUUUCAAGCGGCAGGUUCCAACAGAGCAAGCAAGGGCUUAUGCCGAGAAAAACAACAUGACUUUCUUUGAGGUCAGCCCUCUGUGCAACUUCAAUGUCAUCGAGUCUUUCACCGAACUCUCACGCAUCGUGCUGAUGAGGCACGGGAUGGAGAAGUUCUGGAGGCCCAACAGAGUUUUUAGCCUCCAAGAUCUGUGCUGCCGUUCCAUCGUCUCCUGCACGCCCGUGCACCUUAUCGACAAGUUGCCUCUCCCCGUGGCCAUUAAAUCCCACCUCAAGUCAUUCUCCAUGGCUAACGGCAUGAAUGCGGUCAUGAUGCACGGGCGCUCCUACUCGGUCGCUAACAGUGCCGCCACGGGCGUCACGAGUGCUGGAAGCAAGGCCAACAGUAUCAAGCGCUCCAAGUCCUUCAGGCCCGCACAGAGUUCGCCAAAAACCUCUCCGUCCUCAUCGUCCAAGGGCAACUGUAAGAUAUCGUAGUGAAAGCGUGCACUGAAACCUGUGUAUUUGGGUGUCGCUGCUCCAAGAGGCCUCUCGAGGCCACAGCAAUUGGAAAUAAGAUACCUAGACAAAAACGUUAUGCUACCUUGAAUUUACUUUGGCCUAAUCCGGUGGAUUACUAUUGUUUCUUUUUAAUGCACUUGCUGGUGCCAUUUUUGGAGGUUGUUUUGUCCCCACUUUUAUUAAAGAAGAUCGAGUUGAUCAAAACAUUGAACCGAUAGUUAAGUUGUGGAUUGUGACUCACCGUCCGACACUACAAAAGGAAGGGGUCUUCAGUUUAGUUUAUUUGAAUUGUUUUAUUUGUUUAGCCUUAUAUUUAAAAUUAAAUUUGUAUUAAUUAACGUGUCAGCCAUAAGUACCUGUUGGGACUUGACACCUUAGGAAGACUCGUCUAAUUUAUUUUAUUUUUUUUCAAAUCUGUGGUUAACGCUUCGUUGCAUUUGAAAUGUGACUCCUUUCGUUUUUAUAUCAGGGGAAGGUGCGGUCAAUAAACUGCACAGAGGUGAGCAAAAUUGCCCUCUAAAACCAGCAUUGCUCUGUUUCGGUUUUGUAAUGUCGUUUUCUCUGUCCUAAUCUGCUGCUUCUGUUUCAUCCUUUAUUGGAUGUUUUGUUUUGGCCUUUUAGCCCAUUAAGUGAAAUUAUAUUUUACAUUAAAAAUUUUAGAAAUUAUGUGGUGCUGAUGAGGAAAAGUACAAGCUAAAUGUACAGGUUUUUUACUGUGAUAGUAAAAUUGUAAAUUUUUUUUUUGCUUUUAGAUUUUUUGUAAACAUGCUGUGUAUUUAUGAAUGUAAAGAUUUCAGUAACCUGCUACCUUUCUGUGGCCAUGGAGGACCAGUGGAAUGUUUUGUCGCUGCCUCAAGUAUUUGCUUAUUUGACCUUCUUUCAGCCUCUUUGAAAGUAGGCACAUGACAAGCAGUGCACGGUUCCUGGUGACAUUUAGCACCCUUCACUUUGUAACCAGUCAAAGAAUUGACAAAAGGUGUAAAAUGUCAAGUUUACAGCCAAAGCUCAGUAAGAGCACGAAAUGCUUCAUCACAACUUUUCUACAAGCGACUUUGUAAUCUGCAUAAAUGUCUGCCAUUUGAAUUCAGUCAUGAUGUUACCUUCCCAAUAAUACUUAAAUGUGUGGUGAUAUGAUAGGAAUUAAAAUUGUGCACAUUUUCUGCUGCUGCCUCUUUUUUUAAUGUAACUGCGCUCUACUGAGACCAGUGCAUUGGACUUAAUUGACCAACUAAACUCUCAAGCACAAUCUGUUGAUGUUUUUGACGUAGCUGUGUUGUAAAGACUUGGAUGAGAACCAAUGAUUCCCCUUCUCAUCCGGCUGCAUUGAAAACUAAGACUCCCUUGACAAAUAAAAGGUUAAAAGCUA